AUGCCCCAAGGCCACAGCACCGUCGACUACGAUGUCGUCAUUGUCGGCGCAGGCAUAUCCGGCAUUGGCUUCGCCUACAGGCUGCAGCAAACGAACCCAAACCUUUCCUAUGUAAUUCUCGAGUCCCGGCACGAAAUUGGCGGCACAUGGAGCUUGUUCAAAUACCCAGGCAUUCGAUCCGAUUCCGAUCUCUAUACAUUCAGCUUCCCGUGGAAGCCAUGGACCAAGGGCCGGGCCAUCGCAGGCGGUCCUUUGAUCCAGGAAUACCUGCACGAGGCCGUCGACGAACAGGGCAUUGCGCCGCACAUCAAAUUCCGCCACAAGCUUAAUGCCAUGAGCUGGUCCAGCGACACAAACACAUGGACAUUCGACAUCACCGCCGAGGACACCAUCCAGACGCAGCUACGCAGCCGCUUCGUCUGCCUCGGGUCGGGCUACUACGACUACGACGAGCCGCUCAAGGCCGUCAUCCCCGGCAUCGACCAGUUCCAGGGCACCGUCAUCCAUCCCCAGUUCUGGCCCGAGGACUUUGACUACACCGACAAGAACGUCGUCAUCAUCGGCUCCGGCGCGACAGCCGUGACCCUGCUGCCGAGCAUGACGGACAAGGCCGCGCACGUGACGAUGCUCCAGCGCUCGCCGAGCUGGAUCAUCCCCGUGCAGAACCGCAGCGGCGCGCUCGAGUCCUUUAUGCAGCGGUGGCUGCCGGCGCGGCUCGGCGUCGCCCUCGUGCGCUUCCGCCGCACGCUGCUCGGCUUCCUCUUUGUCAACUACUGCCUGUGGCGGCCCGCGUCGGCGCGCAAGCUCCUCCUCGGCGCCACGGAGAAGCAGCUGCCGCCCGGCACCGACAUGGCGCCCAACUUUGUGCCCGCGUACGACCCCUGGGCGCAGCGGCUGUGCGCGACGCCCGACGCCGACUUUUACCAGGCCCUGCGCGCGGGCACCGCCAGCGUCGUCACCGGCCAGAUCGCGACGGUGACGGAAAAGGCUAUCAAGCUCGUGUCGGGCGAGGAGCUGCACCCGGACGUCAUCGUCACCGCCACGGGGCUCAAGACGACGGUGGGAGGCAAGGCGCAAAUCACCGUCGAUGGCGAGGCCGUGCACAUCCCAGACCGGUACUCGUGGAAAGGCGCCAUGCUCGAGGGCCUGCCGAAUCUGUUUUAUGCGUUUGGUUAUGUUGAUGCCAGCUGGACGCCCGGCGCGGACGCCACGGCACAGCUGGCCGGCCGCAUGAUCAGGCAGCUGGACCGCGAGGGCAAGCAGGCGCUGAUUCCGCGCCGGACGGAGAAGGAGAGGCGCACAAUGCAGGACGUGCCGUUUAUGCGCCUCACGUCGACAUAUGUCAAGACGGGGCUCAGCAACCUGCCCAAGGCGGGCGAUGCCAAGCAGUGGCUGCCGCGAUCUUACUACUUUAAAGACGUCAUGAAUGCGUGGUGGGGAGAUAUCCGAUCGAGCAUUGAGUGGAAGUAG